AACUAAAUUCAUGGAUCUUAAAGGAACCCAACUUCUACUUCUACUUUUGUUCUUUGCUUUUCUGUGUGCUCAAGUGAGUAAACUCAGUGGAGAUUCUAUCCCAGGCUGCAUACCCAUCGAAAGGAAUGCUCUUCUUGGGUUCAAAGAAGGCCUCAAAGAUCCCACCAAUAGGCUAUCUUCUUGGGUGGGUGACGACUGCUGCACAUGGGAAGGCGUGGCCUGUGACAACCGGACUGGCCAUAUUGUCAAGCUAGACCUCCGCAACCCUUACCCAUUUUCUGACAUUGGGGAUCUUCCUUAUAACCAUUGGUCCUUGGGAGGUGAGUUAAAGCCUUCCAUGCUUGCUUUGAAACACCUGAAUUAUCUUGACCUGAGCAUGAACAACUUUGGAGGAAUUCGCAUCCCAGAAUUCAUGGGCUCGUUCCGGCUGCUCAAAUAUCUUAACAUCUCCAGAGCUGGUUUGGGCGGAAUAAUCCCCCAUCAGAUUGGGAAUUUAUCGAGCCUCCAAUAUCUUGAUCUCUACAACGAUCUUGAUCCCAGCUUUAUAGUUCCUGUUCGUGAAUUCAGCAUUGAUAAUGCCCUCUGGAUUUCUCAUCUUUCUUCUCUGCGGUAUCUCAAUAUGCAGAAUGUGAAAUUCAAAGAAGGUGCUCAUUGGUUGGAAGCACUAAACAUGCUCCCUUCUAUUGUUGAGAUACACUUGCCCCUUUGUGAUAUCAGCACCAUUCCGGUCUCUCUUCCGCAUGUGAAUUUUUCUUCGCUUUCUGUUCUCGAUCUUUCUAUGAAUUCAAUUAAUUCGACGGUGCCCGGUUGGUUGUUCAACAUAAGUAGCCUUGAGUACCUUGAUCUCAGCAAUAAUUUUAUUUCGAUCAUCAUUCCGCCUGCAAUUAAGAAUCUAGCUUCGCUCAAUUUUCUUGAUUUAAACGGUAAUCCAUUUCUUGAAGGCAAAAUCGCUACUGCACUUGGGGAUCUGUGUAAGUUGCAGCAUUUGGGAUUGUCAAAUAUUAAUAUCAGCAAAAAUUUGAAUGAAUUUGAUGAAGUUUUUGCUGGAUGCAUAAAAAAUAGCUUAGAGACUUUGCACAUGCAGAACACCCAGCUUAGCGGUUAUCUACCGGAGUGGUUGGGGGACUUCAAAAUGCUCAAAUCUCUCUAUUUGUAUGACAACUCAAUUUUUGGUCCUCUUCCUGCAUCACUUGGGAGGCUGUCAGCACUUCAAGAAUUCUCUCUUUCCAACAAUAAGUUGAAUGGGACUAUCCCAAGGAGUCUUGGAAGACUUGCAGAGCUGGUUUAUAUAGACCUUGCCAAUAAUAUGCUGAAUGGGACCAUCCCAGAAAGUCUUGAAAGACUCACGGAGCUAGUUUCUUUGGACCUCAGCUACAACUUUUUGGAGGGUCUCAUAUCUGAAGAACACUUUGCCAAUCUCACCAAACUGAAUUAUCUAGAUUUGUCGAAAAAUCAGUUAAUUCUGAAUCUGGCGCUUGAUUGGAUUCCCCCUUUUCAGCUCUCAGAAUUAUAUAUUGGUUCAUGCAAGCUAGGACCACGAUCCGAUCUAGACAUGUCUAGCACAGGAAUUUCAAACACCUUGCCAGAUUGGUUUUGGAGGUCAUUUUCCCAGAUACAAAACUUGGAUAUCUCCAACAAUGGAAUCACUGGUAGUGUACCUGACCUUAUUGACUUCAUCUACCUUGAGUCUUUUAAUUUGAGUUCUAACCACUUUGAGGGACCUUUGCCAAAUUUUAAUUCUUCAAUGUUGUCCCUGUUAGACCUGUCAAACAAUUCAUUUUCAGGAGUGAUUCAUCCCGACAUUGGCAAAAGUAUGCCCAAUUUGAUAUAUCUCUCUCUUUCUACAAACAACUUAAGUGGUGAAAUUCCCUUAUCUCUUUGUCAACUUGACCUUUCUCUUCUUGAUCUCUCAAAAAACCUCUUCUUUGGUGAGCUCCCAUAUUGUUGGAAUCACUCUCUCAAUAUCAUGGUCAUGGAUUUUUCAAGCAACAAUCUAUCUGGAAGCAUUCCUCCGUCAAUCUAUUCAUUACCAAAUCUUGAGUCACUGCAUUUGAGUGAUAAUAAUCUAUCGGGAGAACUCCCUUUAUCCUUGAAGAGUUGUGUAUAUUUAAAUACUCUUGAUCUUGGACAGAAUGGAUUCACUGGUGCCAUACCUAUUUGGAUAGGAGAAAGUUUAUUGUCUUUGAAGAUCCUUAGCUUACGAUCAAAUAAACUUGUUGGAAAUAUUCCUCCUAAUCUAUCAAGACUAAGUGCUCUUCAAAUCUUAGAUCUUGCUCAUAACAAUUUAUCAGGAAGCAUUUCUUCGAGAUUUGGGAAUUUUACUGCCAUGAAAGUGUUGCGGAAGACUUAUGAAACAAUUUUAGAUAAUCAAAAUGAAGCAAGAGCUGUUGCUUCUUACAAGGACAAAAUACAGGUGACCAUAAAAGGAACAAACAUUGAGUAUGCCAUAUUACUUCCACUUGUGAUUGCCAUAGAUCUUUCUGAUAAUAACUUGUCUGGAAUAAUACCAAAAGAAUUGACCAAUCUUUUUGGACUCGUGAGCUUAAACUUUUCUGAAAAUCAUCUAACAGGAGAAAUCACAGAAAAAAUUAGUGCAUUGCAACAAUUGGAGUCACUUGAUUUAUCAAGAAACAAUCUUUUCGGUGAAAUUCCUUCUAGCAUGAUUGCCCUAACUUUCUUGAGUUACUUGAACUUAUCGUAUAACAACUUGUCAGGAAAAAUUCCAACAGGUAAUCAGCUUCAGACCUUUAGUGAUCCAUCUAUCUAUGCUGGUAAUCCUGGUCUUUGUGGGUUUCCAUUACCUCAAAAGUGCAAAGAUAACGAGACAAACCAUAGUCCAAAUGCUAUUGGAGGGGAUGAACAAAAUGAUAAUGCCAUGGAUGAAGAAGGAUUUGAAAUGAAGUGGUUGUAUAUGGGCAUGGGGCCAGGAUUUGCACUAGGUUUCUGGACUAUUUUUGGACCACUAUUAUUCAACAGGAAAUGGAGAGAAGCCUAUUUUCGACAUAUAGAUCAAGUUUAUGAUAUGGUUUAUGUGGCCGUGGCAGUGUUUUUCUCUAGGUUUAAAGAGCAUAGAGUGGGCGCAUGACUGUCUGUAACCUUGAAUUGUGACUACAAUUUUUUUUUCU